CCGCCGCCGCUGACCACCGGAUCAAGUUCGACAUUUCGCGUGGCCGUCGGCAGUUGACCGUCCGCCACCGGGGUUUCCGUACGUCCGUGCAGAAAGCCGCGUCGCUUCGUGUCGCGGGGCAUUCAUUUGGUUUAAAUCGUCUAGGCGACACCCGGCCGACCGACAACAAACACCUCCCGCAGCCGGGUACCGGUCGAAAAUACGGCAACGGACGCGAUGAAGUCGUCGUCGUACGAUCGACUCGCGCGGAUCGCGACGAUCGUGCUGGCUUGGCGCACGGUGAGUAGACGAAUGAUAUAAAUUUAUGCGCGCGAAACCCGCGAGUUCCGAGACGCCGUUGUUCGCGCGACAUCGAGCAACGAAACGUGUCACGGUAACCACAAAACGCGUGUUCGCAUUCGAGGUGUUUGUGCGCGCGUCUGUCGUCUGUCGGCGACUCUGUUCGAGUUUGGAACACUCGUUGCUCCGAUCGUACGGAAUGAAAGCGCGUCUCUUCUUCUGAAACGACAUUUUGUCCGGUUGAAGGCGUUGGGCGUUUUUGGGCAUUCCGCGAGGAAAAACCGGAAAACAUUUUUCGGAAAAUCGGCAAAUGGCAAUGGUUCAUCGUUUCUUAGAGAUAUACAUUAAAUUUCCUCUCUACUACCUUCCCAACUUCUCACUUACAACAGUAGCUGCAUCCACGUCCGAAGUAUGUCCGUCUUUUUUAGAUUGAACGUUAUUGAAAAUUAAAACAUCAUUAAGUAUUAAUUUGUUAAUAUUCUAAUACAUAUGUCUAUUUUAGAUUUGGGAUAGGUAUACUGUUAAAGUUUCCAAAGUCAAUAAAAUCUGGUGGGUGGAGGGAGAGAGGUAAUACGAGACACUCCUCCCCUAGAAUUUUAAAUCUGUUUGUUUAAGUAUUAUCUGCUACUUGCCAAUUUAGCAUACACAUAACACUUUUAAUGAAUAAAAUAAAGAUGUAUUUCUGUGUAAACAACUAGUGUUUUGGAAAAUUAUGAGCAAAAAUAGACGGACAUACUUUACACGGUGGGUAUGCCUUUAUUUAACAAAAUAAAGGUUUCUGUUCCGGUUCUAGUCCCUGUUACAAACGUACUUCAAUAAUUUCGGUGAAUAUGAAUUCUACUUCUUACGUAUGUUUUGGUGAAAAUUUACUACACUGAAUUAUUAUAUAUAAUAGAUUUGUUUAAACUCUGAGUGUAGCAAUUGGUUUUACUAUGAUGUGCUCAUUUUUGUAAAUUAAAAGGAAUAUUAAAAGAAAUGUGGUUGUAAUUUUUAGUCUUAUAGUAAUUUUUUUAUGAAAUUAAUAUUUUGGUAAAUCGUAUUAUUUAUUGUACAGUUAACAUUUGUAAGACCGGCGUUUGGAUACGAACUACUACAAUUACAACCUCCAAAUAAACCAUCUAAUAUUUUGGCCUUUUUACCCACCGAAGGUAAAAGCCAUUUCUUCGGUUUCAAACCAUUGCUUGAAACAUUGGUGGAGCGAGGACACAACGUCACACUGGUGUCACCGUUUUCGCUCGAUGGCGUUAAACUGCCGUACCGUCAUGUCAAAGUAGAACAGACGUUGGGAGGUAUAAACACGAGCUUUAUUCAUACUAUAGUAUUACGUAUAUUAUAUUAUAAGUAUUAUAGUGAUCGUGUAUUUUUGAUUUUUUAGAUUUCGACAUGCUGAACGUGGCAAAAUUCGUGAACCUAAUUCCAACGCCCGUACACUUGUGGUGGUUCGGGCCACACAUUAGCGAGAUUAGUCUAAACAAGUCGUCGGUGAUGGACUUUAUUGCUCACGAUCGAUCGUCUUUUGAUCUAGUGCUGUUCGAGAACUUCUAUCACGAGUGUUUCGUUGCUAUUGGACACAAGUAUGGCGCCCCAGUAAUCCAACUGUUGCCAUUCGCAACUAAUGCGCGAGUGUCUCAGUGGCAAAAAAACCCGCAUAAUCCAGCUUAUAUGCCCGACUUGACCAGCCGGUACGCUUCCAACAUGACUUUUGCACAACGGACUACUAAUUUCGUAGCCACUUUCUUCUACAUCGCCAUGAAUCGCGUAUUCUACUUACCCAAGCACAGAACUCUUGUCGACAAGUAUUUCGUGUAUCCCGGAUACGAGGGUAGGUCCGACCUGACUGAAAUGUUGCAAAAUAUAUCACUAACACUGAUCAACAGUCAUCCGAUAAUCGGUUCAGCCGUGCCUAUGGUACCCAGUUACGUGAACGUGGCCGGUAUGCAUUGUUUGCCGUCCAAAGAACUACCCAAAGUAAAAAAAUCAUAUUAUUGAAAAAGGUAUCCAUAUCAUGAACGUUAAUUUUUUUUUAUGCGUGUGCAGGAUCUAAAAGAAAUAAUGGACGGUUCCGAGAAGGGCGUGGUGUAUUUCAGCUUGGGAUCUAUAGUAAAGUCAUCCCAAAUGCCUAACGAAACGGUGUCACUUUUGCUGUCUGAGCUUUCGAAGAUCGAACAGACAGUGCUUUGGAAAUGGGAAGCAAACGAAGUGCCACAACUUCCCAAGAAUGUAAUUAUUCGAAAAUGGUUUCCCCAGAACGACAUACUAGGUGAGUUAGUAGUAAUAUUAUCUCGAUUAUUACACUUAAACUCUAAUAAAGUCUAGAUUCUAAAAUUCUAAAAAAAAUGUAUGUUUUAAUCCCUCCAUUUCCACCGUCGAAGCAUUUCCACAGCUACCACUAUUACCACUAUCACCAAUGUCACUGUUCGAAUUUUUUACAACCCGCAAUGCAUUUUACGUAAUUGUGCUAUUUUGACUACGCCCGUUUUAAAAAUAUGUUUUGAACAAUAUAUUAUUUUGCUACAUUUUGAUGUAUGUUUUGCAGUGACUAUAUCUCGAAAGCGAACCUUUAUAAGGAAAUAUAAGCUAUAUUUAUUCGUGUACGUAAUGUUGUUGUGUAGUAUUGUAGCGACUUUGAUGAGGAUAGGACACUUCAGUCAGAAUUUUGUGUUUAAGCCGGUGCCGGAAAGAAAAGAUCUGUUAGGUAAAAUCGUCGAACGGUGUAUGUAAAAGAAGCCACGAAGAGUGUUGAAGUGGAGGUUUUAGGCCCCGGAUCGCCUUCCAUCGCUUUGAUAGGAAAAACAGAAAACCCCUAUCAUGAAGAAUAAAUUGGAAAAAAUACGUCCUUAUAUUGCUAUCUUUUAGAGCAGUAUCCAACCUACAUGUAAGACAGUACCGUAGCCAGAAAAAAUGUACGAAAAGGGGGCACUUAAUAUUUUUAUCCAGUUUUUGUUAAGCUAGAAUAAUUAUUACUUAUUAUUUUAUGACACUCUUAUUCCUUUAUCACUUAUUAUUUAUACCCUCUUAGUUUUACAACGUAAAGUUUAAACCGAGUAGGCCUUGUAAAGGAAUAUUUGAAUCACUAAUUACAAAAAGAGUUGAUACAAAAAGUCAAUUUUUUAGCUGCUUUCAUUCGGUGAAUAUUCUCGUGUAACCAUUUAUUUAAUCCUUGUGUAUGUUGAACCUAACUAUAUUAUUGGAACUACCAAAUGAUACAAUAUUUACAAAGAAUAAAACAAAAUAAUAAUAUUAAACGGUAUAAUUAAGGUUAUCAUUAACACCAAUAUGUACGUAACAGUUGUUAUGGUAAGAGAUUUCUUCUCGUGUAACCGAUCACGCUCGGGGCCCUUGACUUAUCCCGUCACAAUCUUGUAUCACCUGGUACUACCCGGGCUCAAUGUUUCGAAAAUAGAAACCGGUAAAGGAAAAUCAAUUCGAUAUAUGUCUCCGUUUCUACCCUUAUCCCUUAUCUCAGUUAAUCGUUGUUGACCGGUAUUUUAUCUUUUAAUAAGGAUACUUACUUGUCUGUAACCAACAAAUUAAAUAAUAACGGGUUUUAUUCAUCCGUGUCCCCAAAGUGUGACCUUUAGAUCAAAAGCAAUACGAUCAAAUUUAAAUCGACUUAAUAAUAAUGAUUGUAUCUUGGAGGCUCUUUUGUAUUGGUCCGCAAUAUCUAUUGUACAUACAUGAUGCUUUGUGUUAAGGUCAUCCUAAUUGCAAAUUGUUCAUCACGCACGGUGGUGUACACAGCACCAUUGAGUCAAUCUAUCAUGGCGUGCCAAUGCUGGCGAUACCAGUUUUCGGUGAUCAGUUGGGCAACUCGCUUCGAGCUCAGUACCGCGGCGUGGCCAUACAAAUCCCAUACUUCGACUUAACUCACGAGACAUUUGGUAAUGCACUGUACAAGCUUCUUAACGAACCUACGUGAGUACACAACCAGUUUGUGGAUCUAAGUAUCAUUUUUCUCCUUCCUCUUCCACGCAAGUGAGGUUUCUACUCUUAUACCACCUCUGUGGCGCAACAAGGGGGAAUGUGGUUUGGGUGCCUGAUUGUCUUUUAUGUUUAAGAACAUAAAUGUAUUAAAGUAUAUUGAUAACCGAUUUUUUUUAAAUUUAGGUUAACAUGUUAGGUUCUCCUCUCCUUUCAAAAAUCCUGAUUGCACUACUGUACCCCCUACACCUUCCCAUCCAUUACCGAUUGCUCAUUUACCCUCAUAUCUGCUCUACAACAUCUAGCUGCAUUUUUUUUACAUACCUCUUCCUCGAUUUCCAUCUUACCUGUCAUCUUGAUCUAUCUUUUAUGACCAUGCUCAUAACCCCAUGAAUUAUCUUUCAAUUUUUUUAUGUCAUACCCACUACUAUAAUAUGUAGAUAAAAAUCUACAGAUCGAUCCUCAGAUAUCCUCAUUUCCACUACUUUAAUUUUUUAUUUCGACGCUUUUUUUCUUUUAAUAACACAGACCCAUAUUUAAUCAUCGCUGGCCUCACAGUAGUAUUGUACAAAAUUAUAUUUUACUCUUAAUAGAACAUAUUCUUAAUCGCACGACAACCUUUUGCUUUCCUGCCAUUUCUCGUGUAGAUUUAUUAUUUGGCUCUCAAACCUUAAUCAAUAUAGUGACAGUUUCGAAACGACGACUCCUACAGUGGUGACGGUUAGCCGUGGCGACAUUGAUCGUGAAGAAGGGAAAGGAUUACGUACACGGAAAAGAUAACAAAAAAUAAAAAAAUAACAUCGAAUAUAACGGGUAUUCAUAACGGAAAUUUAUUGUAUACUUAAACAAAUUAAAUAGCGCGUGGAGAAAUAACAAUCAAUAAUCUUUAUGAUACCAACCGAUAACACAAAUACAUUUAUAUAUAUAUAUAUAUGUAUAUAAAAUAAAAUCCUUGAUUGAUAAGGCGGUGCGGCUGAUAAUGACGUCAUGGGCUGCGGCGGCGGACCGAAACAUUUGGUCACCAAUACGUUCUCCAAACUCUAGCAAUGGCGCAAGCGACGAAAGUGGUAACCGUGUUGUGGUUGCAAACGUAAAAAAAAAUUAACACGUACACAAAAAGAUUCGUUACGGUGGUCACUUUACGUGAACGAAACUUAUAUUAUGUCCGACGAUGACGACAGUAUUGCGGCCCGGCACUCUCUGUUCUAGGGGUGUAUUUAUGGUGAAGGGCUGCAAAAAUAUAAAGAAAAUUUAAAAUGUAUUUCUAUAGACUAUGAAAGGCACUGAAAUAGUCUUAAAUUACUUUUUAUUGAUUUUAAACCUAACCAUACCUAACCAUUUAGUACCAAAUAUACAUUGUGGUAAAUAUUAUUUUAUGAUACAUUAAAUUUUAGUUUCUGAGCAAAGCGAGGAAUGUAUUGCUUUUACAAUGAUGUUUACCAUUAUUUUUUUUUUUAUGGACAACUUUUCUACCAGAAAUUUUGCUCGGAUUUACACUUUUUAUAAAUAAAAAAUCUGAUUAGGGAAGUACUUUAGGAUGGUUAUUUUUUGAUUUUCCCAGGAGUUUUCCAAAUAAUAAUGCAUAUGCAAUUAUUUUACCAUAAUAGGACAUUUGUAAUGUUGACAAAAUAACACUAUCAACCGAACUUUGCUCAGAAUCGUUUUUUCGUUAGCGAUGGUUAGAUAAUAGCUACUUACAGAUAUACAUUAAAUUACCUACAACAGUGGUUGUUUUACCUUUAUGAUGACACCAAAUAUUCGACGUUGAUGUAUGGUCGGUCGAUGAAUCACUUAGUCCACACCUGCAAACUGGAUAGAUAUUUGGUACAGCUAACAGCUAACAGCCACCACUGUAGGAACCGUCGUCUAAAACAUUUGGUCGCAGAGCGUGUUUACACCAUGGUUCUGCCAAUUUUUUUCACUUAAUUUACGAAUCAAAAAUUUAAAAGACCGCUUUUAAUAUUUUACAUAUUUACAAUCCAUUUUCCCUGAAAAUAUCUUACUUCGUCCUUUAAUAAGUGGUGUAUAUAAGUAAUGUGAAUAAAUAGCUGGUAAUACCGUGUUGAUCUGGACAAUUUUUUUUUUACUAAAGGUACGCUGAAAACGCUAAAAAGACGUCUACUGUGUUCAGGGACAAUCCUAUGACGCCACUGGAAACGGCAGUCUAUUGGGUAGAAUACGUCAUCAAGUACGGCGGAGCGGAACAUCUGCGGACGUCCGCCAACUCUUUACACUGGUUCCAGUAUCUGCUGUUGGACGUCAUGACGCUAAUCAUACUUUUAGUAUAUUUGUUCUUUUGGGUCACGAAAAAGGCCCUAAAAAAUAUAUAUCGAUAUUGCUGCUGUGGAAAACGAGAAAUGACUAUCGACGAUAAAAAGAAACAGCUCUAAAAAUCACGAAAUAAUAUUGUUUCCGUAUAUAUUAACGAUAUAAAAUUUGCAUACACUAUUAAUCACUAAAAUGCUUAUACCUCUAAGUCAUAUUGUUGACAUUUCCGAAAUUUACUUGUUAAUUAAAUUUAACAAAGAGGUUCCAGUGAAUAUAAGCGUCGCGUGGCGUUAAAACAUGUAUAGAACGAGAUAAUAUCAAGGCCGUGUCGCACGUCCAGUAUUUAAUGUUUUAUUCAAAAAUACGAAACUUAUAAAUUUUAAAAUAUUCAAAUUGAUUUUCAUAUUAAUUUACAAGCGGCUCCGUUACCCGUAUCAUUAUUAUACUACUAGAUAUAUUUGUUGUCAUUUUGACACAAACCAGAAAAUGCACUCAUCGAAUUUCAAGCCUCAAAACUACAAUUUGGACAAACUUAUGUAAAGGUGCCCAUCCACGUCGCAAUCGCUUGUCUCCACCAGUCCUUCCGGAUCUAAAUCUAAAAAAUUAUGUCUAAACAUAAAUAUAUAAUUUAUAAUAAAUACGUUUUUAUUUUUAUAAAACAAAAAUAUUAUGUUUCAUGUAUAAUACCUUUUUUU